AUGCUCCAUGUCAUCAAUCGCAUCGAUGCACGCGUAACUCGUAGCUCCCGGAAUCCUGUGACAGAAGAAUUCCGCGUCAUUUUCUUCCCCGACGAGCAGGACAGAGAUAAGGUUUCCGAUGAAAGCGUGCGGUCGCAAGCUAUGCGACUUCUGGAAGAUGAAACGAAGGCAAACAGCGGGGAGCUAACAGGGCAGGAGACGUUCGAGCAGUUCAUGUCAGGCAUCGACGCCACGCGGGCCGCGAACCGCGCGUCGCGGGAGAAAGCGUUCCUACACUGGCAGAUGCAGAACGCUCAGGACAUCGAGUACAUCAUAAAUCGACAGGGCCGGAACGAGCUGUUCGACGAGCGGAUGACCCUGUACGAGAACAUCGUCAAGCAACAGCUCUCUGUGCAGGAUGCUCGGUCCUCUGGGUACCUCGCCAUGAUGAUGACUGCCAUGGACAAGGCGGACCGGAUGCAGGUGGAUGCCUCUUCCCAUAUGAAGGAGCACAUCCGCGAGAUGUUUGUUACGGCUAUUCGCCCUCGCGUGGAGCAGGCCGACCAAAUCUUCGUACAGACAUGCAGGAAUGGCGGCGGAGGCUACAAGCGUUCCUUAGAGAUGUGCGGGGAUAUGAGGCUGUAA